AUGACAAAUUUAAGUCAAGCUCUGUGUUCUAUUCAAAACGCUCAACAAGCACAUCGACGCUCUUUGUCGGUCCCGUUUUCCAAACUGGUCUGGUCUCUUUUAAAAAUUUUACUUGUUCACGGUUAUAUUAAAGGUUUUUUUCGUCAAAAAGGGUCUAUUAAUAUUUUUCUAAAGCAAAACGAAGAGGGUAAGGGUCUCAGAAAAAUUCAGCAAAUUUCUCGAUCGAAACAAAGAGUUUAUGUUUCCUGUAAAAAGUUGCCCACUCUGGAAAAUGGGUUAGGCCUUUUAAUCCUUUCCACACCUAAGGGUGUGUGUACAAGCCAACAAGCCCAAAAGAAUCGUGUUGGGGGUGAGAUCCUUUGCCAAGUUUUUUAA